AUGGAGGGAUCCGCCCCUGCUGCGCCGCUCCGCACGCGCGUGUGCAUCAUCGGGAGCGGCCCGGCCGCGCACACGGCGGUCAUCUACGCGGCACGCGCGGACCUCAAGCCCGUUCUCUUCGAGGGCUGGAUGGCCAACGGCGUCGCGGCGGGCGGGCAGCUCACCACCACCACCGUCGUCGAGAACUUCCCGGGCUUCCCCGCGGGCAUCAUGGGCGGCGACCUGAUGAAGCGCUGCCGCGACCAGUCCCAGUGCUUCGGCACAAGGAUCCUCACCGAGACCGUCAUCGUCGCCACGGGCGCCGUCGCGCGGCGGCUCCACUUCCCCGGGUCCGACGCGUACUGGAACCACGGCAUCUCCGCCUGCGCCGUCUGCGACGGCCCGGCCCCUAUCUUCCGUGACAGGCCCCUCGCCGUCGUGGGCGGCGGCGACUCCGCCAUGGAGGAGUCCAGCUUCCUCACCAAGUACGGCUCCCGCGUCUACAUCGUCCACCGCCGGAGCACCUUCCGCGCUUCCAAGAUCAUGCAGGACAGGGUGCUCAGGAACCCCAAGAUCCAGGUCGUUUGGAACUCGGUGGUUGUCGAGGCCUUUGGCGGCGCAGACGGCGGCGGCAGCGGCCGCCAUCGGUUGGCUGGCGUCAAGGUCAAGAACCUGGUGAGUGGUGAGGUGAAGGACCUUCAGGUGGCUGGUCUCUUCUUCGCCAUCGGGGACACGCCGGCGACGGAGUUCCUGGGUGGGCAGCUCGAGCUGGAUUCACCGGCUGGAUACGUGGUGACCAAACCGGGCUCCACCCACACCAGUGUGAAGGGGGUCUUCGCUGCUGGCGACGUGCAGGACAAGAAGUAUCGCCAGGCCAUUACUGCCGCUGGAUCAGGUAAACACUCUAGUGCUCUAUGA